UAAACUCGCACGACAGGUCGCCGGCGACCGACGACUACCGCUCCGCCGUCAGUCUACGGGGCACACCGUCCGCAAUCGCGUCUCGUUUUGCGCAGCCGUGUUCUGUUAUUUUGUAGUUUCGUCGAGUUUUCGUGUCGCGUUUCACGUGUGCCGAACACACCACGUCGGUAGGUCAAAUACCGAUAUCUUCUCAGUUUUAACCGCAUAUAUUAUCUUCCGUCCUACACCGACCGCAUUUCGGAUAGGUAUACCCGCGGGAUCCAUCUGUGCGCUUGUGACCCGUGAUGUGAGUGAUCCGUCGUCUAAUCGCGUUACAGGGCAUGUGAAAUAUUUGUAAACCCCGGCGGGCGCACACACGAAUAUAACACAGAAACGAAACAGUGAAUACGACGCACCUUACCGCCGGUCUCGCAAAGAGAAGUAGGUAGCCGAUCGUCGAACGGUAGUGGGCGCGAGGUCCGUCGGCCGCCGCCAUGAGCAUGAUGAUGAUGAUGAGACCGUCCGACUCGACGCCCAUCUGUCGGUGCCGGGUACUGUACCUGGGAUCGGCUGUGCCGCACAUCACUAAGGAUGGGCUGCAGGGCAUUCAGGAGCCGCUCAAGGAGCUAUACCCGGAACAGGGGGCCCUGGGGGCCCGCGGUAUCGACUCUUGGCUGAGCGUUUGGAGCAAUGGCCUCUUACUAGAGAAUGUAGACGAGAACCACAAGAAGAUCACUCGGUUCUUCCCUAUCGAGUCGCUGCACUACUGCGCCGCAGUCCGGUUCGUCCUGGUGCCCGAAAAGUCUAACGGGUCCUCGCAGCCGCGAUUCCUGCCGCUGGAUUCUCCGUUCGCCCGGUCUCCAAACCCGAACCAUCCACCAUUGUUCGCAGCCAUACUGCGCCGGACUUCCGGCAUCAAGGUACUCGAGUGUCACACGUUCAUAUGCAAGCGUGAGAUGGCCGCUAACGCGUUGGUUCGAUGCUGUUUCCACGCUUACGCCGAUUCGUCGUACGCCAAACAAUCGGACGGCGGUGGCACGAACGGCACUGCCAACGGUGCCGGUGGCAACAGUAUAUACGGCACGGUACGGACCAACAGGUCGGUGGGCAACAACACUAUCGAGAAGGUGGAGGGCUGGCGGCGCAUGACCAACGGCGGCGGGGCAGCCGGAAGCACGCUAACCCUCAACAGCGCCCACUCGAACGGCAUCACCAUGCUGGAAGCGUCCACGAAUUCCAUCGACGACCUGUCCGAGUGCAACGGUGACGAGAAUCACAAAGUGUGGGUGGGCAGCACCAAAGACAUAUCGGAAAAAGAAGAUUUGUACGGAGCCGGAAACACGAUGCGCAGCUCGCGAUCCAGCAGGCCCAGGCAACUGGUCGGGGGCGCACCACCACCGCCGCCACCGCCACCGGUCAGGGACGACAGCAAUAAGUCAGCGACGAAGAAGGCUAAGGAAAGGCCGCGUCGUAAGAGAACGCCGACCGGUGGAAGUCGUGAAGACUUGUACGCGCCAUCAAUGAACGGUUCGCUGAUGAGAUCUGUGCACGGCGGCCGCAGUUCGGUGUCGCUCAACGGCACCAUGGCAAGCCGGGGACCACCUAGAGGGUUCAUGCAGUAUCAGCAGCAUCCACCACCUCCACCGCCGCCCAACCACAUAUACUCCAACGGUGGGGGCGGCACCAUGCUUAGGCCCGUCAACGGCUAUCACCCACAUCACCCGCAUCCACCGCACCACCCACAUCAACACCAUCCAGGAAUGAUGCAGCCUCCACCUCCACCGCCCAUUAUGAUGGUGCCCACCACAUUGCCGCACCCCAAGAAAAUGCACAAGAUGAAACCAGGCAUGAUGCCUGUACCCAGACCGGGCAUGAUCCCAGCAAACUACAUGCCGGUGCCCAUGUACAUGCACACCGGUAAAAAGUCCAAGAAUGGAAUGCCUGUCCCUGUGCCGAUGGCCAUGGAAGAACCGAUAUACAUGCCGUCCGCUCGGCCCCUGAGUCCGGUCGCGUCCUAUCAACCAGAGCACUUCCCACACGAGGCGUACUUGAUGCAGCAGUACGCCAACAGCGUCAAUCACAUGAACAACAACAUUAACAAUAACGGGCCGGCGCCCAAGAACAAGAAAGGCAAAAAGGACAAGAAAUCCAAGGACUCGGUCAACGGGAUGAUGCCACCGCUGAUGGUGCCGCAGUUGAUGGUCAACGGCGGCGCAGGUGGAGGCGGUAUGAUGAUGAUACAACAGCAUCAACAGCAUCAACCGCCGCCACCGCCCUCUGGUCCACCUCAGAUGGCCGUCAACGGGCACAGGGUCAACGGCAACGGAAUGAUGUCGCCGGGACACGACGACAUCAUGACGGACGACACGGAGGACUCGGUGUACAGCACCGGAAUUUACCGGCGGAAGGGUCACCUCAAUGAGCGUGCGUUCUCGUACUCGAUCCGUCAGGAGCACCGAUCCCGGUCGUAUGGAUCGCUGGCCAACCUUAAGUUCGCUGCUCCGCCAAUCGUGCCAAACGGCGUGGACGGGGUGCCGAACAAGGUGGACAUCAAAAAGGAACGAGAGAUCAUGCAGAUGAUGCAGGACCUUGAGCUGUCGGGCGACGAGCUGGACCGCGCUGACCAGGUGGUGCACCACCAAAAGCAGAGUAACAACGUGCAGGCGCACCAUCAGAGGCCCGUCAAGACGAAGCGAUAACGACCACCAUGAUAUUAUUGACGUCACAGCGGACCGGAACUACGACCGCCUGCAGUUUUCUUUGACGAGAGAAUUCGCCGAGCGGACAUACAACACAUAUUAUAUACAUCACACACAACUACUACUCCUGCAGACGUGAACAGUUUUUUUUUUUAACGGAUUUAAUAUGUUAUUAAUUAUUUUUAAUUAAUUUUAGUGUAAGAUAUUACUUAUUUUAUUUUAUUUAUAGAAACGAUAUAAAAAAAUUCGUCUUAAAUUUACGAACAUACGUCGUAUACAUUUAUGCAUAGUGAGUGAACACACAAGCAUUUUAUUUUACGUAUAUUUUCGUCGUCACUAAACACUCGUUGGUUGUUGCCCACUCGUGUCAUAAAAAACUGCCUAUAAACUGGCGUAUGUGUGUGUUAUUGUAUUGGCUUUUUUUACGGUUUCAUUGGAGAGAAGGUCUUGUAUUGUACCAAAUAUGAACUCGACCUGACACCAUAAUUUCGGUUUUACGUUAAAUAUAUACUUAAUUAUUAUUAUUAUUAUUUUUUUUUUAUACGAAAAAACGUCUGACCCGGCAUUGUACUAUGUGUUAUGAAAUGUGUGUUGGAUAGGAGAAAAAAACAAAAAUAUAUAAUAGGUAGGUACGUUUAGUCCGUCCGACACGUGUUUUAUUUUCUUAUUACAGGGCUACAGCUAAUGUCCAUGCAUAAUUUUUCUUGCGCUGGUAUACUACGUUUUCUUUUGUAGAUAUUAUUAUUAUUAUGACGCGUAUUAAAAAAUAAAUAUUUUAUUUAAGUACGGUUUUGCUCAAUAAUCUUCUUAUUUUUUAUUUUUUAUUAUUACUACUAUUUUUUUUUAACAAUAAUUAAUUUUGAUGUGUAAAUACGUCAAAUAUAUUUGAACGUUGAGAGAUAAUAAUUACUUAAUUCAAUAAUAAUUGUUUGUGGCUAAUAUUAUAUACAAUAAUGACAUAAAAGUGUAUUAUGUAAAGUAUGGACACGGUGAAUACUUAUGUUUGUUCGCUUCAAAAAAUAACAAAUAUCUCGUGGUAUUCAUCCGAACGCGGGUAACAUCCCCCACAUCGAGAUUUUAUACUUUGAAACGACGUGGUAAAAUAAUCAACUGAGAAAAUAAGGCGUUGGUCAUAAUAUUUACCAUGGACACGCACACUUCAAAGCAAAACACGAGAAUAACGUUAUUUGCCUACUUUGUAAAACGAUAUUUUCGUGUGGCUGUAUACAAAAUAAGUAUUUAAGUCUCCGUGGUUGGAAAAAUGUGAGCGUUUAAUAGCCGGCCGUACCUACUGUACAUAAAUAUAAAUUAUUAUUAUUAUUAUUAUUAUUAUUGAAUCGACGACUGAUAUAACGAGUAGGGAUGUAGUGUGCCAUUUUUAUGCUUAUACAAAGAAUGGUAUUUUCUAUUAUAGAAUUUUAUUGAUUAAUAUUAUUAUUAUUUUUAUAAUUAUUAUUAUUAUUAUCAUUGUGUAUGACUUACUAUAGAAAUGCUGUUAUUAAAAAUAUGUUAAAUAAAAUAUACGAUUUUUCACUGACGUCUA